GGCAGACCUUUCUUCGUAUUCGCAGACUUCUGAAGAGAUCCUGAUUUUUCCCUGCACCAAGGUUAAAGAAUUAAAGACUAGAAGCACCAGAGGUGGUUGAGUGAAUCGUCUGCAACUCCAGGAUCACGUAAGGCCCCCCUUUUGGGGCGGGAAAGCACAUUUGAGCAUCUCCGUGGGGAGCAGGAAUGGAAGAACCCACCUUGCAUCUUUUCUGCAGUGUUGCUUGCUUGAUCUGCCCGUAGGAAUGAAGAGGAGACUUGUAAUAAACCGAUGAGGGCAGUAACCCGUAUGGCAAGGCAGAUAACACUGGACACACACUAGUGAUCGUUUGGGGGUCGCACAAGUUUGUGAUUGUAAUUGGAGGAGCAUGAAAGAGGAGCCCUCAUAAAAAGCACAACAGUCCCUUAAGAAACAUUGAGUUCCCCCAUUUUUUUUUUUUUUUUUUAAAAUUUAGAAGAUUGUGUGCAAUGUAUUGUAUAUUUGAUAUAAGAUGAGAACUUUAUGAAGUAUUUUAUCCAAGAGCGUGAACGAUGACUACCCCAGCCCUAUUGCCCCUGUCUGGACGGAGAAUACCGCCUCUGAACCUGGGGCCGCCCUCCUUCCCACACCACAGGGCUACCUUGAGACUCUCCGAGAAGUUUAUUCUUCUCCUUAUUCUUAGUGCCUUCAUCACCCUGUGUUUUGGGGCAUUCUUCUUCCUUCCAGACUCGUCAAAACACAAACGCUUUGAUCUAGGUUUGGAAGAUGUGUUAAUUCCUCAUGUAGAGGCCGGCAAAGGAGCUAAAAACCCUGGAGUCUUCCUGAUCCAUGGACCCGAUGAACAUAGACACAGGGAAGAAGAAGAACGCCUGAGAAAUAAAAUACGAGCUGAUCAUGAGAAAGCCCUGGAGGAAGCAAAAGAAAAAUUAAAGAAAUCAAGAGAAGAAAUCCGAGCAGAAAUUCAGACAGAGAAAAAUAAGGUAGUCCAGGAAAUGAAGACAAAAGAGAACAAGCCACUACCACCUGUCCCUAUACCCAACCUUGUAGGAAUAAAUGGUGGAGACCCAGAAGAUAAUGACGUAAGAAAGAAAAGGGAAAAAAUUAAAGAGAUGAUGAAACAUGCCUGGGAUAACUACAGGAUGUAUGGAUGGGGACAUAAUGAACUCAGGCCUAUUGCAAAGAAAGGACACUCCACUAACAUAUUUGGAAGUUCACAAAUGGGUGCCACUAUAGUAGAUGCUUUGGAUACCCUUUAUAUCAUGGGGCUUCAUGAUGAAUUCCGAGAUGGGCAAAAAUGGAUUGAAGAUAACCUUGAUUUCAGUGUGAAUUCAGAAGUGUCUGUGUUUGAAGUUAACAUUCGAUUUAUUGGAGGCCUACUUGCAGCAUAUUACCUUUCAGGAGAGGAGAUAUUCAAGAUCAAAGCAGUGCAAUUGGCUGAAAAACUUCUUCCUGCCUUUAACACACCCACUGGAAUUCCCUGGGCGAUGGUGAAUCUGAAAAGUGGAGUAGGGCGAAACUGGGGCUGGGCAUCUGCAGGUAGCAGCAUUCUGGCUGAAUUUGGUACCCUACAUAUGGAGUUUGUCCACCUCAGCUACUUGACUGGGGAUCCGGUUUACUUCAAAAAGGUCAUGCACAUUCGGAAACUGCUUCAGAAAAUGGAUCGUCCAAAUGGUCUUUAUCCAAAUUAUUUGAACCCGAGAACAGGGCGCUGGGGUCAGUAUCAUACUUCAGUUGGUGGACUGGGAGAUAGUUUUUAUGAAUACUUACUGAAAGCAUGGUUGAUGUCAGAUAAAACAGACCAUGAAGCAAGAAAAAUGUAUGAUGAUGCUAUUGAGGCUAUAGAAAAACAUCUUAUCAAGAAGUCCCGUGGAGGUCUCAUCUUUAUUGGAGAAUGGAAGAAUGGGCACUUGGAAAAGAAGAUGGGGCAUCUGGCCUGCUUUGCAGGGGGCAUGUUUGCACUAGGAGCAGAUGGUUCCAGAACAGAUAAAGCUGGUCAUUAUUUAGAACUUGGAGCAGAAAUUGCACGUACAUGUCAUGAGUCAUAUGACAGAACUGCAUUAAAGCUAGGUCCUGAAUCAUUCAAGUUUGAUGGAGCAGUAGAGGCUGUGGCAGUCCGGCAGGCUGAAAAGUAUUACAUCCUCCGUCCAGAAGUGAUUGAAACCUAUUGGUACCUCUGGCGAUUCACUCAUGAUCCAAGAUACAGACAGUGGGGCUGGGAGGCAGCACUGGCUAUUGAAAAGUAUUGCCGAGUGAGUGGUGGAUUUUCUGGGGUCAAGGAUGUAUAUUCCUCCACUCCCACCCAUGAUGAUGUACAGCAGAGCUUCUUUCUUGCUGAAACAUUAAAAUAUUUGUAUCUGCUGUUUUCUGGUGAUGACCUUUUACCUUUAGACCACUGGGUAUUUAAUACAGAGGCUCACCCUCUGCCAGUGUUACAUUUGGCCAACACUACACUUUCAGGAAAUCCUGCUGUUCGAUGAAAGUAGUUCCAGAAGGACCAUUCUCAACUGUGUUUUGUUUACAUGGACCACUGCAUAAAUACCCUGGAGAGGGGGGUUUUGAAAAUCUGAACUUCUUAAAUCAACGUGGCAGAGUGAAAAGUGACUCUUCCCUGCAAGACUUUUCAACUUGUAGAUACAUCAACUUUGAAAUUAUUCCAUUUUAUACCUGACCAAAACAUGUUUUGGUACGUGUAGGACAGGGACCUGACAUGCUUUGAUUCUUAAUGGAAUGGUCCCGUGAGAGAUGAUGCCUAUUACUACUACAUUGUGUGUAGGGAGUCCUGGAAUCAGGAAGUUAGACUUCGUAAGAACAAGCCAGGAAUAUGGAGCA